AUGACGUUCAAUUGGCUGGGGAAGGAACUUAACCUCACUGGUGUUCAAUCUCAUCGCCCGGAAAUGGUUGAUCGGCGAAAGAUGGAGAAGGAGAUACGGGGAAAUGGCAAUAAAGGGACCUUGAUGCAAAUUCUUUUGCUCGACGGGGUCACCUCCUCUGGAGAAGAUGACAAGCCAACGUGGGGAAUAUAUCAACAGCAACAAAUGAAGGCUCUUAUUGGGAGCUCUACAUGGGAAUCUCACUUGAAACAUUUGGAUGUGGUAUUCUCUAUUUUAGCUACUCACCAGCUUUUUGUCAAAAAAGAAAAAUGUUGCUUUGGAGUUUCGCAAAUACAUUAUUUGGGGCAUCUCAUCAAAGAAGGAGAAGUAAAGAUGGAUCCCAAUAAGAUAGCCGCAAUAGAAGAAUGGCCCAAACCAACCACGGUGACAGCUAUGCGUGGCUUUUUGGGACUCACCGGAUACUACCGUAAAUUCGUCAAAGAUUACGGCAAAAUAGCAGCCCCAUUAACUGAAAUGUUGAAGAAGAAUAACUUCAAGUGGUCUCAUGAAGCGGAGCUUGCAUUUGUGGAACUCAAAUGA